AAAACAGAGCAUUCCCGUAACCCAGCCGGGCAAUCGAUCCCCUCGCGAAACUUCCACCGUUCAGCUAACCCCACCCCGAUGGCGGCGCCGCCGACCUCCCACCCAGGACCACCGCCGGAGCCGCCGUUCCUUCAAGUCCCGUACGAGCUCCUCCAGGACAUCUUCCUCCGUCUCCCCACGGCCGCCGACCUCGCGCGCGCCUCCACAGCCUGGGCCGCCUUCCGCCGCGUCAUCGCCGACCACAAGUUCCUCCGCUGCUACCGCGCCCUCCACCCACCGCCUCUCGUCGGCGUCAUAGGAAAGUCCUUCAUAGCAGCGCAGCCGCCCCAUCCCUCCGCGGCCGCCGCCCGCGCCUUCGCCGACUUCAGCUUCUCCUGCUCCUCCUUCCUCCCCUCCACCGCCGGCCGCAGCUGGCGUCGGCUCGACUUCUUUGAAGGACGCGUCCUCCUCGCCGGCGGCCCGGUCGAAGGAAAAAGCAGCAUCAAGAUCGUCGUGGGUCCUGAUGUGUGCGAUUCCCAGUACCGCGAAUUUUUGGUCAGGGACCUGGCUGUGUGUGACCCUGUGCACCGCCGCUACGUGCUGCUGCCUGCCGUCCCCGCCGACCUAGCCGCGUUAAUCCGUAAACCAGACCUCCUACAUCUGGAGACUUUCCUUGCUCCCGGUGAGAAUGAGGAUGACCCCUUGUCAUUCAGAGUGAUGUGCUUGGCGCAAUGCAUAAUGGAACUGGUCCUCCUUGUGUUCUCCGCGGGAGGACACUGGAAUGCUCUUACCUUUGACCGACUGAAUGCUGAGGCAUUAGGUUCAGUUUUACCAUCUGAGCCUGCGUUGUCAGAUCGUCAACACGUCCACGGGUGCUUUUGUUGGCAUUUGCAUUUACUGAACGAGCUGCUUGUGCUUGAUGUGCGCAUGAUGGAGUUCUCUCAGGUUAAUCUCCCACCUGAACAACGAAGUAGCGGUUUUGUCAUUGUUGAGGCAGUAGAAGGAAUGCUUGGGAUGCUCAGUGUACGCUAUCAUGAUGACAUUGAAGAUGACUCAUAUUGGCUCACGUAUUCCAUUCGGAGAAAUAACCAAUGGCAGUCGGAGAAGGUCAUCCCCUUGCCGAUAAAGCGUUGGUAUCUGAUGCGUGUAGCUGGGGGAUACCUGGUUAUUGAAGCGCUGUACAAAACAUCUUCACAAGAGAAGCUAAAUAUUGGAUAUUUUUCGUUGGACAUUAAGACCUUGCAGGUCGAGUUGUUUGCUGGGCUUAGCAAAGUCUUCUUGCCCGGUGAACUAUAUGCUAGUUUCCCACCAUCAUUGUGUGCACCAACUAUAUGAAGUGGUGCUAAUUAUUGUUUCAGACGUUGUAUUCUGCCCAACAUUCUCCCUGUUGGUGUGCUAUGUUGCAGUUAUAUAGUUAAUUCAUGUUAUGUGUCGUUGGUGUUCUGUUGAUAAUCUAAUGCAUAGUUUACAUGUGCAAUUGGAAGCUUAUUGAAUUUGGAAAGCAACAAAUAUUUAUUUCUAAUCUUGUGAACAUGCAUAAUUGUGUAUAAUCAUGUUAUGACUGUCGGACUAAUAGAAGGGAACAACUUUACUGACAUUGUUGUAGUAAUCAAGAUUUGGUGUAUAGAUUAAUGAGCAUAUUCACAUUCUUUCCAGCUGAUAGUCUUAGUCGAUAGAUUUCUAAUUUGUCUAUUUUUUAUAUUUAACCUGUACAUGGGUAGAAAUCAUCAAACUACAACAGCUCCAUGUUUCUGCUCUGAACGGAAAUUUUGAAACCAAUGAUGUAGCUCUAUCAGCCUGAUUACAAUUCAGUACAACAAAAUCAGUAGAAUAAAACACAGAUUGUUCAACUACUCCCUCCAUUCCACAAAGCACCUCAUAUAUUUUUUUCUCAUUUGUUCCACAAUACACCUCAUUUUUCUCUUGGCUUCUGCACCCGGCCAAUAAUGGCUCACACCCAUUUACUUUUAAUCCUAUAUGAGUGGUCAGGCACUAGAAACAAGAGUUGUCUUGAUCCAAGUGCACAUAUCUGUACGAGGUGUUUUGGGGAAUGAAGGGAGUAGUAGCUACACAGAUCACUGUAGAUUGCCUUAGUCAAUUUAGUGGAAUGGUUGAUUUUUGGUUGUUUGUCAAUUUAGUGGAAUGGUGAUUUUUGGUUGUUUGUCAAUUUACUGCAGUUGAAUGGUUAAACAGAAAGGAGUAGGUCACAUAUAGUGCUUGUGAUCAUAGGAGUAAGGAUUUUGUUGUUAUUAUUACUUUCUGUCGAUUUCGAUGAGUAACUUUAUUCUUAUAGAAAAAAUUACCAAGUCAUAAAUUGAAACAGAAGUUGUUUACAUGUAUGCACCACUGAACUUUUCCUUUUGUUUCCCUGGUCAGAAUGUAUUUAAUCAGGUUCCUUAUGUUGUUGUAUGAUAUCCUUUCUGCAUCUAUGCCCUUUUAGCCUCAUUCUUGCUCGUCUGCAUCUUCCUCUUCAAGCUCCUCAGCUCUUACAUCUGCGUAACUUUGUUUCCUUCAUUGAAUAAAUUGGUUGCUUAAUCAUAUUCACACACGGAAACUUCAGCCUGUGGCUUCGUGCCAUUUGCACAUCAGCAUGAUUCGAAGUCUUGUGUCCUGAUUCGUAGGUUUCAGUAUGCAAUGUGAUAGGUACCUCCUUGUUAUAUUCAGUAUCAACUUCAUGCAUCGCAUGCAGCCAUUUAUGUAUCUGAUGUUUGUUAAAUAUACUUGGUAGCCUUGUAUUCCUUUUGGUGCCUUGUUCAUAUAGAAAGUUCAUUUUGGUUCAUCUCUUGCACAGGUGAUGAAGCCAUGUAAAAGAAAGUUGCUUCUGCUCACCACAUUGAGGCCUUGGAAGAAAAGAUGGUGCGUGGAUUAGAUGUAUUCUCUUGUUCAAUGCUUGGUCCAGUAUCCAAUCGUUGACGGUGGAUGUGCCUCAACUUUGUAGUUGAUAUAUAGGCUUAUUUCAGUGAACUAUGAUGUGUGUGCCGUGCUAUCCUCGCAUACAAUAUCUUUCCAGUCGCAGCAUUUUAAGUGUAUUUCAGUUUCUGAACUUUUAGGUACCGGCUAUGUACAAACUAUUGAAUCUCUGAACAAUUUUGUUGCUGCAAUGUCAAUGUCCAAAAGAAUGUGUGUGAGCAAACCAGCAUUGCAGUUGA